AUGAGCUAUCAGCAAGCGCCGGAUAUGUAUCACGACAACUCCGCUGCGCGUUCGCCUGGCUCGCAGCGUCAUCAGCAGCCUCUCCACCGCCAGCCGUCGCGACAGUUCGACGCGUACGGCCCCAUGCCCGUGAACCUGUACGAGGACCCCAUGGCUCGCUACGACACCGGUCGCCUGGAACGCCUGAACCCGUCGCUGCAGAAUCCUUCUUAUGCGUAUGACCUGGCUGGCUCGCAAACUUGGAACCCGAAUGGAUUUGCCAAUGCCCAGUCGCUCGGCGGCAUCCGGUCGGCCUCCGCCAGCCUGAAAACCUCUCGCACGGGCCGGGCGGCUCUCCCCACGACUUGGCUCGACCAGCAGCCGGGCAUCCCGAGCCCCUUUUCCAACCUCGGUCCCGGCCCUCUCCAGGGCGGCGCGAUUCGUUCCGAACCCACUGGCGCGUCGGAAGUGGACGAUGAGCUGAUUCCCACCGCCAUCGUCAUCAAGAAUAUCCCGUUUGCGGUCAAGAAGGAGCAGCUGGUCCAGCUGAUGACGGAGUUGAGCCUGCCCUUGCCCUACGCGUUCAACUACCACUUUGACAACGGUGUCUUUCGGGGACUGGCCUUUGCCAACUUUACGUCGGCCGAGGAGACGGCGACUGUGAUUGAGGUCCUCAACCAUUUCGAGCUCCAGGGACGCAAGUUGCGCGUCGAGUACAAGAAGAUGCUCCCCCUCCAGGAGCGCGAGCGCAUCGAACGGGAGAAGCGGGAACGUCGCGGGCAGUUGGAGGAACAGCACCGCCCCAUGGCUGGCUCCCAGCUCCAGACCCAGAGUUCCAUGUCUUCGUUGGCUUCCCACAUCCCUGCGACAUCGCCCUCGCCCGUCUCGCAGCGUGGGCAAAAGCUAGAUGUCGACUUGAAUGACACCCAGACGCUUCAGUACUAUUCGCAGCUUCUCCUUUUCAAGGAGGAUGUUGGUCGCGACUCCUUGCUUCUCCCCGCGAACCUUACCCCCGUCCAGCGUCGCACGGUGCACACUCUUGCCCACAAUAUGGGUCUGGGACAUGCCUCCCGGGGAUCGGGAGAGCAGCGGCAGGUGCAGGUGUUCCGGGUCUCUCCCGGCACCAAUGUGAGCCCGCCCAUGACCUCGAUCCCUGCGGCGGUCCAGCCUCCGGAUUCGGGUCGGCGCGCACUGAACCGCGCUGCGACGAUCGACUUCAGUGAAGCCCGCAACGAAGCCCCGGGCCCCUACAACUCUCUCCGUGGGCAGGCGUCGGGUUUCCUGGGCGUUCUGGACUCCCCUGGUAACUAUACAAAUGCGCAGAACCUCCGAGCCGCCAAAUCCUUCGCCGAUCUGCGUUCGUACACCCCGUCGCCCGUCCCUUCCUCCGCCAGCUUUCCCACGGCAAUGCAAUCGAACGGCGCCCGCCUCCAACAGUAUGACGGUGUCACCAGCGGCGCCUCCAACACUCCGACCCUGACGCCCGCGCCAUCGGGCUCUUCGCUGGGUAUGCAGCGGGAUGACAAUCUGUUGAACAGCCUUGGCGGCCUGUCGCUUGGAACGGGGAUUGCGGGGCAGAAUUCGAGCCCGAGGAGAUUGCGGGGUAUGUUCUCUUGGGAGCAGCCGGAAAGCCAACCUUCCAGUGCUGGCCCCAUUGGUAGUAACCGAUCCAUGGGAGUGGGAUUUGACGGUCAGUCACAGGAGCGCAUGCCAAUUAGACAACCCCGAGGCCCUAUUUCCGACAAGGGCGCAGGAUUUCGACGACAGAAUGGACACCAAUCGCACGGCAGUGAUGAGUUGCGGACCAACUCUGGUGUCGAGAUCAUUGUGGAGUAA